UGUUGGUGUCAUUUUUACGAAAAAUUUUCGCGUAAAAACUCGGACUGCAUUAAAAAAUUGAAUACCUAAUAUUGUUGAACAAAAUCAAAUUCACUCGACACUCCGUACACGUAGUGAGCAACAAUGGUGUCAGUAUUAAAUACAAUCGAUACGGGUCAUGAGGACAUGAUCCACGGCGCGGAAGUCGAUUACUACGGGCUGCGUCUGGCGACGUGUUCGUCGGACAACUCGGUGAAGAUUUUUGACAUCAAAGGCGGAGCACAAACAUUGGCCGCCGAUCUGAAAGGGCACGGUGGACCCGUGUGGCAAGUGGCCUGGGCUCAUCCCCGUUAUGGAAACAUCUUGGCAUCGUGCUCUUACGACCGAAAGGUUAUCAUUUGGAAGGAAGCCGGCCCCGGUGACUGGAGCAAAUGGUUCGAAUACAGCAAUCACGACUCGUCGGUUAAUUCCGUGGCAUGGGCCCCGCCAGAAUACGGACUGAUACUGGCUUGUGGAAGUUCGGAUGGCUCGGUGUCUAUUUUGACGGCCAGUAUCGAAGCAGGCACUUGGGACUCGAAGAAAAUUCCAAAUGCUCACAGUAUCGGAUGCAACACGGUUAGCUGGUGCCCUGCAACGGCACCGGAACCGGCAUUCGAUCAGAGGCCUUCUAAGGUUAAUCUGGCGGUGAAGCGAUUGGCCACUGGAGGCUGUGACAAUUCCGUGAAGAUUUGGAAGGAAGACGGUGACCGUUGGGAGGAGGAAAAACGGCUGGAACUGCACUCGGAUUGGGUUCGCGAUGUGGCCUGGGCGCCAAAUGUCGGGCUUCCUCGCCAUCAGAUUGCUAGCUGUUCCCAGGAUCGGCGUGUAAUCAUCUGGAGCAGCGACGAUCUGCAGAACUGGCAGUCGAUGAUUCUGAACAACUUCGACGACGUGGUUUGGAACGUGAGCUGGUCUCUGACGGGAAACAUUCUGGCCGUAUCCGGUGGGGACAAUAAAAUAAGCUUGUGGCGUGAAAACAACGAAGGACAGUGGAUUUGCAUCAGCGAGGACACCAAUUCAGCUGGCCAAAAUCAUCCGCUGAAUCAAACUCAGAACAGUUUUGUUCCUGAGCAGAGAACGUUGUAAGUUAAGGGAGCAUUUCUGUCGGAAGUUUUGAUGAAUAACAUUCGUUUAUAUCAAUGUCUUAUUUCUUUAAGUUCUUGAAAAUUGUUCAGAAUAUAAAAAUAAUAAAAACAUAUUUAGAUGCUUGAAUCAAAUAAAGAAUUUGUAUUUGUA